UUAGUCAAGUUCUGACAGCAUGCGGCUGAUUAUUAUCUGUCAUUUACACACCUUUUUUAUUGCCGUCUGAGUAACGAAAGCGUUAGAAUAAUACCAAACUAUAUGUACGUAUAUACUGGUAUAUACGUACAUAUCGUCUUAUGAUAAUAUCGAGACACGAAAAAAAAAUCUCGAAAACUGCCCAGAGUAUAUUAUCACCGAUUGAAAAAAGUAUUUUGCUACUGUAGCAAAUUUGAGGUUAUAAGCCUUAUAAAAACAUGACGGAAGUCCACACUUUUGGAAUCGAUGCAAUUACUUGCCACGCGUGGAACAAUGAUAGAACAGGAGUGGCUGUGUGUCCAAACACUAACGAAGUCCGUGUGUGUAAACGAUUGUCAACCGGAUGGAAACAAGUGGACGUUCUACAGGAGCACGAUAUGCGGGUCUUGGGCAUCGAUUGGGCAUCAAAGACAAAUCGUAUCGUAACUUGUUCAGUAGAUAAAAAUGCAUACGUGUGGACGCAAGGAGAUGACGGGAAAUGGAUUCCUGCCCUGGUACUGUUACGGACAAAUCGAGCUGCUACGUGCGUCAAAUGGUCCCCUUUAGAAAACAAGUUUGCAGUUGGCUCGGGAGACAAGUUGAUAUCCGUCUGCUACUUUGCAUCCGAAAACAAUUGGUGGGUGUCGAAACAUAUAAAGCGCCCGUUAAGAUCUACGGUAACGGCGAUAGACUGGCAUCCAGACAAUAAGAUUUUAGUUUCCGGAUCGACGGACUACAAGGUCCGCGUCUUUAGCGCGUACAUUAAAGACAUAGAAGAGUCAUCGGAGAGUGGGGUCUGGGGACCAGGUUCCGCAUUGGGCACGCUAAUGGAAGAAUUCCCGAAUUCUCCAAACGGAGGUGGUUGGGUCCAUUCCGUUGCGUUCAGUCCCUGCGGCAACAAGAUUUGCUGGGUGAGUCACAACUCGUCCAUCUGCGUCGCGGACGCAUCCAAAGGGAAAGCGGUAGUCCGGUUGUACACCGAGCACUUGCCAUUCAUGAACUGCGUUUGGGUGGGUCUCAACUCGAUCGUCGUUGCCGGUCACGGCUGCGUGCCGCUGCUUUACUCCAUCAACGACGAGGGGCAGCUUUAUUUCGUAUCGAAGCUAGAUACCACGCAGAAAAGGGAAGCCGCCGGUCUUUCGGCCAUGCGUAAGUUCCAGUCCUUGGACCGGCAAGCACGAACGGACCUCAACGACGAGUUUCUGGACAGCAUCCACCAAAAUACGAUAACUUGCGUGAGGAAGAUGUCGGAAAACGAGUUCAGUACCAGCAGCCUGGACGGACAGCUCGUCAUCUGGGAUUUAAAGCUAUUGGAGAACUCCAUCGCCGGCCUCAGGAUCGCCUAAGCUCGGACCACGCCGAGAAGACCGACGACCGCGAACGGCUCGGAAUCCAAAGUUGUCGGCCGCCCGGGUCACGCCGAGACCUUUCGUCGAUACGAUCAGAAAUGUACCCGCGGUAGCGAGAAGACGCGCCUCGUAUAAUUAUCUUCCAAAUAGAUACGGAUCCUAGAUUAAUUACCGAUCACCGAUUACCAAUAAAGCUACACCUAGAGUCGGGA